UUUGGUGGCUUCUUUUUAUACAGCAGCGUUGCCGAAGAUUUCUUCAAUUCAACUAUUGAUAGCUAGCAUGGCAAGUACUCCAGUUGGCUCUAAUGCACUUAUUCUGGAAGUUCUUGACCGUAGUAACUAUGAAGAUUGGAGAUCGCGAUUAAAAACUUAUUUGUUGGCUGAAGAUCUUUGGGAGGCUGUCGAAGCAAUCGUGAAACCUCCAAAACGUGAAGAUGAUCAAACUGAUUAUAAGGCCUGGACCAAAAAGAAUGCCAAGGCUUUGUACGCAAUCCAAAAUACAUGCGGGAGAGAGCUGUUCUCUUUUAUAAGGAAAAUUGAGACGGCCAAAGGUGCCUGGGAGGCUUUGGAACAAGAGUGCAAAGUUAUGCAAGGAUAUGAUGAGAACAAUGUGGACCACUUGGGGCGCUAUAAAUCGUUCAUAGAAUCAGUGAGGAGUGGUGAUUGGGAUAAGGCAAAGAAGUGUCUUGGAGAAGUUGAUAUGCGCAGUGUAGUAGUAAGGGCUGUAGAUGGAGAUGGAGAAAUCGCUCUUCAUGUAGCAGCCAAGGAAGGGCAUGUGCACAUCGUGAAAGAGUUGGUGCAUUUGAUGACACAAGAAGAUUUGAAAACGAAAACCACUCUUGGUCACACAGCUCUUCACGUAGCAGCGUGGAUGGGGCACGUGCAAAUUGUGAAAGAGUUACCGGUGCCGUUGAUGGGAGAAGUAAAAGACAAGGAUGGUGACACAGCUCUUCAUAUAGCAGUCCAGGAAGGGAAGGCCAAUAUUGUUAAAGAGUUGGUGCUGUUGAUGAGACAAGACGACUUGAAAAUAAAAAAUGAUGCUGGUUACACAGCUCUUCACCUAGCAGUCAACAAGGGGAAUGUGCCUAUGGUCAAAGAGUUCCUGAGAAAAGAAAAAGGUGAGAAUAAUAUUGGCGAAGACGACUUUAAGCGUUUUAUACCGUUUACCACUUAUGUGAAAAAUGGUGAUUGGGAUAAGGCAAAUGAGAGUCUUAGAGAACUGGAUAAUCCAUGCGGUGUAGUAACAACAGUAGAUCCAAGAAACUACCGCGGAGACACUGCUCUUCACGUAGCAGCCCGGGAAAGGCAUGUGGAUGUUACCAAAGGAUUGGUGUUGUUGCUGAAAAGGAGACAAGAAGAUUUGGAAUUGAAAACCGCUGAGGAUUUCACCACUUUUGGUUCUGGUAUAACUUUAAGGGUCAGUGAAGAAUUUCUCAUGGAAAGGGCCAAGUACAUGGUUGAACAGUACGAGAAAACACUUGGCAGCUGUUUGGAGAUACAAAACGCUCGUGGUUACACAGCUCUCCACUUGGCAGCAGAGAACGGGUUUGCGGAUAUUGUGAAAGAGUUGGUACCAUUAAUGAGAAAAGAAGGUUUAGAAAUACAAGGCGCUAGUGGUGACACAGCUCUCCACUUGGCAGCACUGAACAACAUGAAUGUGGAUAUUGUAAAAGAGUUGGUGUCAUUAAUGAGAAAAGAAGGUUUAGAAAUACAAGACGCUGACGGAGACACAGCUCUUAACAAUGCAUUGUUUAACAAUGCAUUGUUACGAGUGCGUGUGGAUAUUGCGAAGGAGUUGGUACAAUCGAUGAGACAAGAAGGUUUGGAAAUAAAAAACGAAAAAGGUUCCAAUGCUCUUCACCUAGCGGUCAAGAAUGAGCUUAUGCCUUUUGCUAAAGAGCUGAUGGCAUUGAUGAGACCAGAGGCUUUGGCAGAAAAUUUAAGUCGGGCUAUUCAAUAUUUCAUGGAUGGAGACGUUUGCGAAAUGGCUAAAUACAUGGCUGAAAAGAAUGAUAAAGUAUUUGGCAUACCCUCGGCUCCCAAUGAUGACAUUCCAGUUGUCAGAGCUCUUCGUCAUAAUAAAUGGAAAUCAGGUCGCUAUAUGUACUCUGUCACUCCACUUGAAGCUCUUAAGGGACCCAAUGGCAGUUCAUUUAUUUGUUUAUGUCUCAACGCUAGCAACACGAUUGAUUUAGCGUGGGACUUGCUUCAACGUUACCCAAAUUUGGCUUUCACUGUGGCUAUACCACCUGAAUCUACUCCUAUGAUGAAAUUGGCUCGCAUGCAUUUUGCAUUCUUAAGUGGAACACGACUCACACGUUGGCAGAGAUGGCUUUAUCGCCUUUAUGAUUGUAUACCCGUACCAGAAGUUGCUCAUCUUAACAUUCAUGAUAUCUCUAUAAAUAUAGCCGAAUCAAAAGAUGAUCAUGACAAUAAAGGGGAUUUCAUUUCCUCAGUUAUGACUUUUUUUAGAAGAUUUGCCAAAGGUGUCUAUAAAUUUGGCGGAAUCCGUCAUAUAUAUUUAAUGAAAUCGACACAUAAAUCGAUCUUUCAAUUUCUACAUUGCAUGGGUGAAGCGACAAGAAUUAAUUAUCUCACAGCAGAUCAACUCGACAUAGUGAAAAAAUCAAUCUUCAAUGCUAUAGAACAAGGGCAUCAUGAGUUUGUUACUCACCUGUGUAAAGUAAAUCCAGAACUACUUUGGGAGGCUUAUGAUGAAAGGGGGAUGACAAUAUUUCAUUAUGCAAUUCGAUAUCGUCAAGAAGAGGUUUUUAAUCUUAUAUAUGAGCUUGAGGAAAAAAGGCGAAAUGACAUUGGAACUCGUCUAGUGAACUGUGACAAAAGUAUGCUACAUUUUGCCGCCGAUUUAUUCUCAGUUUCAUAUUUUGAUCAUAUUCAAGAUGCAACUUUGCAAAUUCAAAGAGAACUACAAUGGUUUAAGGAGGUGGAGAGAUGUGUACCCCUUGAAAUGCAUGAAUAUCGAAAUCGUUCAGACGAUUUGACAGCACGGGAACUAUUUACCAAGAAUCACAAGAGAUUGAUGGAGGAUGCAAAAAAUUCAAUGAAAGAAACAGCAAAUUCUUGUACACUUAUAGGUGCUCUCAUUGUUACAAUCAUGUUUGCUGCAGCUUUCACACUUCCCGGUGGAAAUAAUGAUAACACAGGCCUUCCCUUAUUACAAAAUAACAGGUUGUUCAAGGUUUUUAUAGUUUCAGAUACUAUAUCACUUUUUUCUUCCACAACUGCAGUAAUUACAUUCUUGGGAAUACUUACCUCACGUUAUGCGGAACAAGAUUUCCUCAAAUACUUGCACACAAUGAUGAGGACCGGCGUAUUCACCCUUUUUUUCUCUAUUGCCACCAUGAUGAUUGCAUUUUCUUGUGCACUUGCCAUUAUGCUUGACAAGGAAGCAUGGAUUGUUAUACCAAGUAUUUUGUUGGCCAGUGUUCCAUUGAUAUCAUUCGUAUGGUGGCUGUUCCCACUCCUCGUCGAUAUUUUCAAGUCUGCUCAUGGACCUGGAAUAUUUGGCCAAAGAAAAAGAUAAUGAAACCAUGAUUUAAAAAUCUGACAUUAUCUAUGAUAUAGGUCUCUUUUCUUUUAAAUUUCAUUCAACAUUGUAAUUUAAUGACUUGAAUUUUCUUUAUUAAUUUCUUGAAAUUAAUAAAGGAUCUGUAUGUACAA